CACGCGUCUGCUUUCAGGCGCAGACCACCUCCAAGAGGCAAUCCGAGGCGGCGGGUCCCCCCGAGCUGCGGCCGGCGGGGGCUCAGGGAACGGGCCAGACCUGCUCGCGGCCGCGGGACACGGCUCCCCAGGGCCUCGCUCGGGGCCCUGGCUGCCCUGCGGCCAGGGGCUGGGCCGGGCCGCGCCGCGCCGAGCCGAGCCGGGGCGAUCUCGGCUCGCUGCCUCACCUGUAUCCGCGGUUGGAGGUGCGAGGCGGGAUGCGGUAAACGUUGACAUCGGGCUUCACGCAGAGAACGGACUCGUACUCCAACUCGGCCGCCGCCAUCUCGGCCACGAACCCCGGCGAGAAGCAAGCCGCGGUAGCCUAAUGACCAGCUGUACUGCCCACCGCCAUCUUUGAUGAGGGCAGACACCGCCUGGGGGCGCGGGGGCGGCAGGGCGGGACGCGAAUAACGUCAGAGAAGCGGAGGGAGCCAUCUUGGAUCCUGGCAUCGGGGCCCAGGGGCGGGAGGGCGCCAUCUUGGAGCCGCCUCUGACACAGCAGCGGGGCCUGGCGCCAUCUUGGAACCUGGCAGGUCCCGCGCCGGGGCUGGCGCGGCCAUGUUUGCUUGGGGCGCCGUCCCCAGGGAUGGCCGGGGGAGCGGGAUUGUCUGGGGCGCUACACGGACAUCGACCUGCUUGUGUGGGUUCCCCGGGGGCUGCUCCCCUGCAGCCGUGGGCCAGACUUGGGGCUCUGAGUGAACAUGGACUUUCUGUGGUGCUGGGAUCGGGUGGCUUUUUGGUAAAACGGGAAACCAAGAGAAAACGUGGCGCAAAACACUACAGGUUUUGCUGCUGGAAUUGAUGAAAAUGCCACACAGGAGUGUGGCUUCCCCAAAAAUGUGGCGAAAAUAAGAGUGUAGAUACUAUUUUAUUUAUCGAUUUAGUUAAGACUAGCAGUGAUGCUGACAUCUCAAGGGUCAGAAAAAUUAACAAUUUGCCCAGGAAUUUCCAGGAAACGAGGAGGGGAUUGUGAAGCGGAGUACUGCCAAAUUGUCACAAAAAUACGGAAUAUGUAAAAAUUCUCUUAAGAAAGGAUGUUCUUUGAUGUUUGAUCUUUGUAUACGUUCAAGCCUAAUCAACAAGAAGAGGGAUUUAAUCCGUGAAACCCAGAGCAGCUAACAAGCAACCUCUAAGUGAUGUCCAGGUGCUAGAAAGACAAAUAACUUGUGACUAGAAGUACCUUGUUAGGGCUCGACAUGUUUCAAUAACCUCAGACCUCAGGGGAAGUUAACAAAGCUUGGGGGAGAAGGAUGUACCAAUGACAGUGGACACAACGCAGAAUUUAUGGGCCACAAGGACAUUUGGCAACACUCCCAAGAUAAGGAAGAAACUAAUAAAGACAACUCGGCGACUGUGCUGAAUCAGCAUGCGCAGGAGCCAGUAGGAAUACAUGGCACCCACACUCAAUGCAGAUACAUGUGUAAGAGGCAGCUCAGCCUCCCUCCUUGCGCUGUGCCAGUGUUAAACUGCUUGUCAGACUGCAGAAUUGAGGUGAAGACAUCAAUGAGAGCUGCAGAAUGCCUCAGCUCCUGGGCAAUAGCAGUUCAGAGGAACAGGCUGCUGUAUAUUAUGCAUCGGUAUCAAUUGUCUCCAUUGCUAUCUUCAUCAUCGUUUUCAUCACAGGUAUCCCAGGCAAUGGAUUGGUAAUCUGGGUAGCUGGUCUGAAAAUGAAAAGGUCUGUGAACACUGUGUGGUUCCUAAACCUUGCUGUGGCUGAUAUCAUGUGCUGCUUGUCCUUGCCAUUUUUCAUUGUUCACCUGGCCCUCCAUGAACACUGGCCGUAUGGUUGGUUCCUCUGCAAAGUCAUUCCAUCAGUCAUAAUCUUCACCAUGUUUGCUAGUGUCUUCCUACUCGUGGCCAUCAGCAUCGACCGGUGCCUCCUUGUCAUGAAACCAGUCUGGUGUCAAAACCAUCGAACAGUGAAAUUUAUAUUGCUAAUAUGCAGUGGCAUUUGGAUCCUGGCCUUCAUUUUCUGCUGUCCUGUCUUCUACUACCGUAAGACAAGCACUUACGAUGGCAAAACUGAGUGUGGGUACAGUUUUGGAGACGAUCAGGUGCUAGAUUAUAUAAAUGAGUCUGUAAAUGAGUCAUGGGAAGAAUACUCACCUCUAGCCUACAAUGGUAACGACUUGUUGGGAAAUACCUAUGAAGAUGAUUAUUCUGUACCCCUUGCCUUAGUGGUAAUAAACAUCACUAGGGCUGUCUUUGGCUUUGUGCUCCCCUUUGGCAUAAUGGCAGUUUGCUACGUCCUUAUCGUUUUCAGAACUCGCGCAAAUCAGUUUAGCAAACCGCACAACAGGAUGCUGCGAACAAUUGUGCUCGUGGUAGCUGCGUUCUUCACCUGCUGGGCUCCAUACCAUGUAGUUGGGAUUCUCUCCCUUGUACCUAGUCUUAGAACAGGACUGACGGAAUCACUGAUCCUGUGGGAUCACCUUUCUACAGCACUUGCCUAUGCCAACAGCUGCAUCAACCCCCUGCUCUAUGUUUUUGUGGGACGGGACUUCAGGGCAAAGGUACGUCAAUCAGUGCAAGGAAUCUUGGAAGGUGCCUUUAGUGAUGAACUCACAUGUUCAACCCUUCACAGAAGCCAGACUUCAGCAGAGAAGAAUAUUAGCAGCACAGUGUAAUGCAGGACUUCCUCUCACCAUUGCAGAAAGACCAAGCUAUGGCCCUGCACAUCAAUCACUGUUUAACAGCUGUUUUUGCUCUAACACAUUUCAUUAGCCUGCAACUCCACACCCGUACACUGUAAAGGACACUGUAUGGUUCAGAUCAUGACAAGUAACCCCUUUACAUCCUACUCUAGAGAUGGGAAGUUGGAAGUACCAGGAGUGAGGGAAGACUGGUGAAGCAGAAGAGAGAGAAUUUUAACCCCUAAAAAAGAAAGCAGGGCUGCAGAAUGUGGUGGGAUCAUGUAGCUGAACCUCUGAAUUGAGAUGUUAUUUUAUUUCCACAUGUCUAUGUUCUACAUCUCCUGUCUCUGAUAAACUGCAGAUAAAACUCACUUUGAUGU